AAGCAAGUCAAGUGUAUCCGCACUCCUAUAUAGUCACCAUGCGAGCAGUGUCGGUAUUUAUUUUUCUUCCAGUACGAAGCACAGACAAUGAGAUGGCUCAUUUCGACACGAGCGGGCCUCCAGACGGCAACGCUGCAAGAGGCACGGAGUCUCAGCAGUGGCUGGGAAGCCCAGCCGUUCCUCCGUGGCUUUGUGCUGCUUUCCAGGAAAGAGGAAACUCCGCAAGAACAGCUUUGCAACCCCAGGCAACGACCUGUUGUUGAAGGUACUCUUGCUUUUCCUCGUGCAGCGGAGCGUGUAGGUAUAUUCCUAGGGUAUAAGCGGCAGGUGCGCGGGUUGCCAGCUUUCCGAAAGUUUUUGCGUGACCUCGUAGCAGCCUCGUCCAAGGAAAUUCAGUAUGCCCGGAUGCUGCACGAAAAAUGGGGAAAAGGUUUGGUCAUGGACGAUGGAAGAGUCUCUGCGGCUACAACUGGAUCGUCUCCACGGCCCCCGGGCCACGGAAUGAUUAAAGAUGGCUGGACAAACCAUAGUGCAUGUGCAACUCAUCCGCCAUCGCGAGGCGUAGGAGCACAAUCAUCUGCGCGAGGGUUCGGAAGUCUGGUUAGACGAUCUAAUUCUUGGACGAGCAGUUCCACCCUAGACGUUCAUUGCUCAGUCGUGAACACGUCUUCACUGUGGGAUCGCAACGCGGUGAUUCGAGAAGCACAGGGCGUGUGGUCGUCUUCCCCAAUGUUUGAGACUUUGAAUAACUCUUCAGUGGCACCAACAUCAGAACCUGAAAGCACAAGAGAUGAAGCAGAGUCCCUAAAGCAGCUUGCUAUCGCCGAUCCUAUAUUUAAACCUUUUGGACAUCUGCGUGGCCGGCCAGAACUCCAAGUAGCUGUAUGUGAUGAGAAUGACACGGUCGUUGUUUCCUUGGAUCCAAUCGGAGCGACUCUCUGUCCAAGGCCUUUCUCGCUUGAUCCGGGACUAGGCAUUUCAGAGAGAGGUCGACAUGAUGCACGAGAGGUGUCCAGUACUAGUGUUGAGGGAAGGACCAUAUCUCAAGCCCUAGCCAAUGGCGCACCACAAACAAGUCUUGAUACAAUCGAGCCGUGGGAUUUGAAGGCGUUGUGGUCUUCAUCAAGAAGUACUGGUACUUGUACUUCAAGUACGGGGUCAAGACGGUCGAUCGAUCAUGAGUCGGGUUCGUCGCGUAACUCGCUGGUUAUGAGUGAAGCAACCACCCGCGAUUUGGAGGACCGCCUGCGCCCUUGUCAUGCCGCUGCUUGUUUAAACCUGAUCGCGCGAGACCUAAACGCGACGCGAACGUCAGCAAGGGAGGAAGAACUGACUUUGUGGGAUCCCUUUUGUCGAUCUGGAAUUUUAGGCAUCGAAGCAAUUUGGCCAGAGGUUUCUCCAGAAUUAGUACUGCAUAAAACAAGGGUAUUUCCGUUUUCACGGGCGCUAUGUAGUACCCAUGAUCCGGAGGAGCUGUUGCGCGCACGUGAUCGUUUGAAACGGUUUUGUCACUUCUGGGCUUCAACGGCGCACGUUGAGUACUUCCCUGAAGACGACUUUUCUACAUUUUCAACUAGGUCAGCCGAAGAUGGUGCUGCAAGCACAACAGCGAAGAAAGGGGCCGAUUGUAUGAAAAAUUCAAUAUCUUCUAUCCAGCUGGUGUCUGGGUCACCGACAGCAGUUGGGAAGAACCUUGCGGAACCUGGACGAACCGUAGUUUUCUGUCGACUAAGCCAGUAUCGUGGACGCGACCAUCCUAGACGUCAACGCGAGGACGAUGCGAUGCAGCAGUUCUCCUAUCUCGUCGCGAAUACUAGGUUUCGCGCUUGCUACGUACUCGCGGAUGGCCGCAUUCGUCGGCACUUUCCUACGGCUUUGCCGGAACCUAUCACCACUUUCAGAUGUGGAAACCAACAACGGAGUUUGUGGAAAGUUGCGGUUUUACCACCAAAAAACUCACGCUUUCAGGCUGGUCUUCCGCUCGACAACUCCCUGUCCCCCAGAACCAGCGUUGCUUCGGCCAAAAGCAACCCACAAGUAGUUUACAAACGAGAACUGAAGGAAAUGCUUGAUUAUGACCCAGACGUGUGACGGUGUACGAACAUCCUCAUCUCAAUUGAACUAUUUGCUUAGUUGUUGACAAGAGGAAGAGUUUGUAAAUUGAUGACAUUAUAUGUGGCUCGAUGCUAGAUUCAGGAU